GGUGGUCGUCAUGGUGGACGACCAACCAAGAAGAUUCGACGAUCGAGGCUCCGGCAGCUGAACCUCCUCCACGACUGCUAUAUAAUCUGCACGUCGAUCGAUUCCCCUAAACUCCGCAAGACUUGAAAAUUUGCUUCUUAGUUUCAAUAACUUUUUUCGAAAUUCUUGAGCCUGUUAGCUCGUUACUGUUGAACCUGGAUUAUCUGCCGAAUAUCCGUCGCCAAACUGUAUGCAUUGUUCAAACUUCAGCGCAUGAUCUUCGUGCAAGAGUCUCACCUCAAUCAGAUGUCAAGAAUCACAUAAUUUAGUUGUCAUUUUCCCGCUAUUACGGCCAAGCCUAAACGUCACCGCUACUAAAAGUUCCGCUGCGGACUUCACCGUCUUCCUGGAUAACUACUAAACGACGUACAAACCUAUUACCUGACUGCUAUGUUACUAUCUGCAAAUUCAAGCUAUAAUAAUCGCUCAUGAGAACAUUGCUCAGUAAAUGACCGUCUGGUCUCAGCAACGUGCUGGCAUCAUCGUGCGUUUUACGUCGCAUGAACACGAUGACUUUUUUCCAUCUGCGCUGUGAGUGGUGUUUACUCACUUGAAUCUGAAUCUUUACAAUAGAUAACCAGCUUGGAUAUAAUUGUAGAAAGAUAAAUAUAAAGCCUUCAUACUAUCCACUGCCAACACGAAGAUUAUCGACCAGAAUUAUCAGCUUCCGCAGCCUUCCUGAAGAAGUGCCACAGCCCCACGGCCUCUCUCAAGGCCCCCUCUAUCAUUAUCAAGGUGUCUGGGUCUUCCAUCGGACUUCCCGAUACCUGGAAACACCUCGACCGAAACACAACUAACUUUCUUUCUAUUUCUCUGAAAGUACAAUAGUUUGUGUUCAAUGUCUCACUCGGCACUCGUUUUCUUUCACCAGACGUUGCACGCUUUGCAGAAAUUCUUGAAUGUUUCUCAUGCAAAUCAUGGCUAACUGAAGCAAAGAUGGCUCCGUUUUAGGUUAGGGAUUUCCAUGUGCCAACAUUAGCCUAAAUUUUCAGCAACUCAAAGAGACCCUAGUACUGGUUACUAGAACUUCCAAUUUGAGUUCAGCUUGAAUCCAACCUAUUCUGCCAAUCUUUUUCUCGUAUAGAAAAAUUACAGAGCAAAUAUUCUUUUGCUUCCUCCAUUCAUACAAUUCGGAAUUUCACACUAACACGAAACACGGCCUUGCUCUCGGCGCUGCAUCCUGCUGCUAUGGAUGCCAGUGAUGAUUUGGAUUUUCUUGCUGGCCACCCAACGAACCAUCACAACGCCCGUGGUUUCAGCUGCUACGACUCGCCCCACAUCAGCCACGCCUCGCCGUCCCAAUACGAACCCGACGAAGACAUACCAUCCCGUGGGGGACCUUUGGCAACGCCCGUUUCUUCUGACGCUGGUUUGAACGUGCCACUUGAAGGCAAGACGUCGCCUGUUAGUGUCGACUCGCUCAGUGGUCAUUGCACGUCUCCAACCGACGAAGCCAUGGAGGUUGAAUCUGAUGAGACUGAGGGCAGUCCAGCGACGUCGCUAAACUGGGUGAACGAACUACGAAACGAGGGUACAACCCAAGACACGACCGCUCGCAGCUACCCGAUAGACGGCGGCAUAACGGAAGACCUUAUGCCAAAUGCAAAGAACACUUCUCUCACCAUUGAAAAUGUAACUAAAACAUCAGACAUCGUUCCAAAUUCUGUUGCCACCAACACGAUAAACACUGUCAACUAUUCACAGGAUAAAAAUAUCCAUGACCUUAGUGCGCCGAUCCUCAAAACAGAACAAUCCGACACUUGCGUCCAGCAUCCAACAAGUCCAGGCCUGAAAACUUCUCCUCUGCCCAGUCCCUCAUCUCGUUGGUCCUCAUCACCAUGCAAAGUCAAAGUCGGUCUCUCGUGUGGGUCGUCAGAGCUACCGAAUAUCUCAUUCAGUUCCUCCGUGGCGUCGUGUCAUUCGGAAGAAGUGACUCCGCAAGGAACUUCCAUUCGGAAUCUCAAGCGACUGAGCCCUCCUGCUUCUGCCACGAAUUCUCUCACGCGGCGGUCAAACAA